AUGUACAUGGUCAUUAUGGACUACGUCGAAGGCACCUCACUCUACUUUACACAGGAGGAGCUUCGGGAUCGCGAGAAGAUAUACAACGACGUGGAGAGGGCAGUCAAACUGCUACACGAGCAAGACCUUGUAUUCGGCGACCUCCGAGUCCAAAAUAUCGUUUCUAGACCGGAUGGAGGUGCUAUGCUGAUCGAUUUUGACUGGUAUGGGCUCCAGGUGUAG